AUGGUCUCUGUCGUCGAGCACGACGGCGUGGUGCAGAAUGAGCAGAGAAAAGGAUACGAGAUGCGAGUCCGCUGCUCUUCUGAGCACAAGUACGAGCGUAUUCUAGAUAGUGGACGAGUGACGUCCUCUUUUAGAGUUGCCACAAGACGCCGGAGGGCGUUCCUUCUUGGGCAUGAUAGCCAGCAGCUCGCUCUCCUCCAAAUAGACAGACCAUGUAGACUAGAAUCCGUCAAUAACGUUUUUCGUCUCCCGUCUUGUCCAGUUGUCGAUGCGCUUCUGCCUCCUCCUGAGCAGACUGCCACCGUCUCUCAAACAACUCUUCCCUCUUUCGAAUAUUCUUUUCCCUAUCCUCAUCUCGAAACCUUC